GUUGUCUCUUGCAGUACCUCAGGAUGGAAAACCUCUCGCUCUUCCUCCUCUUCCUCCUCUUCCCUGUCCCGGGGUUGCUGUGUUCGAUGGAUGAAGCCAUGGACGAGAAGAUGAAGCAAGGCUUCAGCUUCCUGUUGUCCGAAGCAGUAAAGAACAUUGGCAUACAGUGCCGGACAGUCUCUUCCAGAGGGGAGCUGGCCUCCUGUCCAGAGGGCUUAGCAGUCACCAGCUGCUCCUGUGGUUCUGCCUGUGGCUCGUGGGAUGUUCGAGAGGGAACAAUAUGUCACUGCCAGUGUGCAGGCAUAGACUGGACGGCAGCCCGUUGCUGUGCCCUGGGGCUUGGUGCCUGAGGUCUUGAGAGCUGAUCAUGUGCUGGAGCAGAGGGAUGGGGAUGGGGAUGGUGAGAGGGCAGGGAGCAGGUCCAAGAUGAGGGGCUGGAAAUACGGAAUGAGGUGAUGGUGAUGUUGCUGCUGAUAGUGAUGAUAAAGAUGCAUGGUGAAGUGGCCAUGAGCCUUGUGUGGUUUCUUUAGUGGAGAAGGAGGUGUAUGGGAAUUGCUGUAUGGCAAUUUUAUGAAAGUUUUUUUCCCUGUC